AUGGAUACGCUUAACCAUCAAAUUGAGUUGGUUACAGGAAAAAUUCAAAAAAUAUACUCUUUAAAGGGCGUCCGUCUUCAAAAAACUCAAGAAUUUGAAACAGGUUUAGGAUACGUUCUUGUCGCAAACGACGAUCCAUUUAUCAAUACCAGAUACAACGUUAUGGCUCUGAAACAUCAAGACGGGCCCGUUGGACUUGGAGGCUUUACCAAACACAAUGAAUUUAUGAAAAAGAUUCGUCCAGUGACAACAAUGCGCCAUAUACGUCCGCAUCAUACUGAAACAGUGCCUAAUCAGACUGACAAGAUUAAACAACAGCAUCACGCUUCUGUCCAGCAAAAAAGACAAAAACCAACAACUAAAACUUCUAUUGAAAGAUUGCAUACUCCAGCAAAAGAAAUUGGGAUUAUUGAACUCAUUGAAAAGGAAGUAGAAACCAUCAUAUCAGGUUCACGUCCACACACUCAGUCCCGCUUACAAAAAAAUAAGCCUGCAGAUGCAAUUCAUGAUGAUGAGAUUUUUGAGGACGAAAAGAUCCGCAGUGCAAAAGCAACAGAGGAAGAAGUUUAUGGUGGGCACGAGUUGAAGAAACUGGAAGGUUUAAACAAAUCGGUUCGUAUUAAUAGCAAAGGAUCUACCCAACGUGUCCAUGUUAUUUCACCUCACGUAACAUAUGAAAAGCAUGACAAUCCUAUAGAACAUUAUGAUCAUCAGAUUGAACCCAUGGAUGAUAAAAGUCAUGUAGAGCAUCUUGAGAAUGUAAAAGAUGAAGACUCCACCAAGCAACACGAGCAUAUUAGCCAAAACGAUCUCCAAGAUCGGGUGCCUCUUGGUAAAGAUCACGCCGAACAACACGAGCACAUUAACCAAAACGAUUCCCAAGAUCAGGCACCUCGUGAUGAAGAUUCAAAGCAGGUCGAGUAUGAAAAGUCGAGUGCUCAAAUCCAUUCUAAGCAACAGUCUAGUCAUUCACUUGUAAAAUCUCAGUCACUUGUGAAAAAGUCUACUCCGGACAUAGAACAUCACAAAUCACAAUCUUUUGAGCAGCACGAGUCACAAACUUUAAAACAAGCAAAUAUGCAGUCUUUGACGAAUCUUUCACAAAAUCAAUUGUCUAAAACUUCAUCCCAAGAUAUACUACGUGCAAAAUCAUACCAGACAUUGCAAAAAUCACAUACUUCUACGAACGAUUUAAAGCAAACUGAGCCAAGACGACCAGCGACAGUUGAUGCAACAAGUGGACUGGCAAGCAACACAACUUCCAAGACAGAUAUUUCUGGAUCAAAAAAAGCGUCAAGAGUCCAUGUUGAGCAAGUUUAG